UAUAGAAACCACACGCCAAUUAGAAAUAAAAAGCGUCUGCUACAACCAUGUGUUGAUUAUGUCAAGAAACUAAUGUACUUUGACUUUGAUUACAAAACUGCUAAACGACUAAAAUAAUCAUUUCAUGAUACCCAUCGUUAAUGUGACUAUCUUAUUUUUAUUAUGAAUAUCGCUUCUUCACACACUAACAUUUUGAAAUUUAAAGAUGAAGUUCGAGAUGAAUUGUUACUGGAUUUGAAAAGAAUAAAACAUGAUGAUCUUUUGAGUGAUCUGCAAGUCGAAGAACAAUUGCAAAAUUUAAUUUCAUGGCUAAGCAGUACUCCUAAGAAUACUGUUUUCAGAGUAAAUACAAUAUUAUGUGAGCAACAAGUAGCUUAUAAUUGUAUCAUAGAGUCAUUAAACGAGAAAUACCCAGAGUCUAUGCUAAGUGUAACUACAUUUAGUAACAUUCCAGAACUUAUUAUUGUUAAAAGUUGUAUGUAUCCAAAAGAACUUGACUUAACAAAAGAACCUAAUGAAAUCAUUGUUGAUACUGCUUGCGGCUCAGCAGUUUUGAGAGGCUCUCAUAUUUAUGCUCCAGGAGUGUUGGGCAUGCCACGAGGUUUGAAUAUUGGUGAUAGUGUCAGUGUUUAUGUGGAUCUUAAACAAGCUUGCAAAAGAGGACUUGUCAAAUUGUACGAUGAUGAAAGCAAGUUAUUUAUUGGCAAUGGUAUUGUUAAAAUGAUGAGGGAACAAAUAUUCUGUCAUGAUAAUUCAAGUUGUAGUGGGAUUGCUAUAAUAAUGACUGAUACUAUAUCAUGCAUACCGCAACUAAAUGAAAAAAUACUGCCCAAGGGACACCUUCUACUUCAAAAUUUGCCAUCCAUAAUCUGUUCUCGUAUAUUAGACCCACAGCCUGGAGAAAUAAUUCUAGAUAUGUGCGCUGCUCCAGGAAAUAAAACAACUCAUAUAGCAGCUUUAAUGAAUAAUAAGGGUAUUGUGAUUGCAUUGGAAAAAAUAAAAAAUAAAUUAGAAAAAUUAAACUCAAACAUUGAAAGUUUUUUUGCAACAAAUGUCAAAACGUUUUGCUAUGACUCAACAAAAGUUGUAUGUGAAUCCAAAGAUACAUGCAUUUCAAACGGACCACCUUUUGCAGCAGAAAGUUUUGAUAGGAUUUUAUUGGAUGGACCGUGCAGUGCCUUAGGUCAGAGACCACAACUUCGUAAUUCAAUAAGCGUGUAUCAAUUACGAUCCUAUGUACCUUUACAAAGAAAACUUUUUUCAAUGGCAUUUGAAUUAUUGAAACCAGGUGGGACGUUAGUUUACAGCACAUGCACUAUUACUGUAGCCGAAAAUGAAGGUAUUAUUGCUUGGGCCUUGAAAGCAUUUCCAAAAUUAGAGCUACAAUGUGUCCGAGAAAAGUUAACGAGUUUAAAUGUAGGAGUAUUCGGUACGAUGGGUUACAAUAUUGACGGAUUAACUGUCGAGCAAUCAAAGAACUUAUGGAGAUUAGGUUGUGAAAGUGAUUUUGUUGGAUUUUUCAUAGCAUGUUUUAUUAAAAGAUAA